GCAAAACAGACAUGGGGACAGAUGAUAUUCACAACCAUGCAGCUCCGCAGAUCGUGCUGCUGCUGUUCUUUUCCAUGCUGCUGUGUGCCUUGCCUUGUAUGGCCUCCCUGGACUCAGAGGAACUGCCUGUGUCUGAGUGGGACAUGUGGAAAUCCACCCACGGCAUCAGCUAUGAUGAGAGGGACGACAUCCAGAGGAGGGCCAUCUGGGAGGAGAACAAACGGCUGAUUGAAGACAAUAAUCAGGGGUUUCUUAUGGGCUCGAGAGGGUUCGCCAUGGCUAUGAAUAAAUACGGAGAUCUGACGAGACAGGAAUACCAAGUACUUCAAGGUGCCAUGAUAGAUGCUCAGUUUGUGAAGAGAGGCAAAACGGUCUCGGCCCGGAAGUUGAGGUCCAAUGCUCGCCAGUUAGACCCAUAUUUUGUAGACUACAGGAACACAGGUUAUGUCACGGAAGUCAAGGACCAGGGCUACUGCGGCUCCUGUUGGGCAUUCAGCACCACUGGAGCGAUAGAGGGGCAGCUAUACAAGCAGACUGGCCAGCUUGUGUCCCUGAGCGAGCAGAACUUAGUGGACUGCUCCAAAUCGUAUGGGACAUAUGGGUGCAGUGGAGCGUGGAUGGCGAAUGCAUACGACUACGUGAUCAGCAAUGGGCUCAUGUCAACAAGCACCUACCCAUACACAUCAGUGGACACGCAGCCCUGUUACUAUGACAGCAGACUGGCAGUGGCCCACAUUAAAGACUACAGAUUCAUCCCAAAAGGAGACGAGCAGGCACUGGCUGAUGCCGUGGCGACCAUUGGACCAAUCACUGUGGCCAUUGAUGCAGACCAUGCCAGCUUCCUUUUCUACAGCUCAGGGAUCUAUGAUGAGCCGAGCUGUAACCCCGGUAACCUGAGCCAUGCUGUGCUGCUGGUGGGCUAUGGCUCUGAGGGAGGAGAGGACUACUGGAUCAUCAAAAACAGUUGGGGCACAAGCUGGGGAGAAGGAGGCUACAUGAGGAUGCUACGCAAUGGCAAAAACACCUGCGGCAUCGCCAGUUAUGCCAUGUACCCAAUUUUAUAAUAUAUUUAAUACAUCAAGUAUAUCACAUUUGUUUAAUCACAGACUCUGUACAUUGCUCAUUGUUCAUGAUUCUCUAUGCAUAUUAUCCCAAUAAUUAUAUUUUUUACAAUGCUUUUAAUUUUGUCUAAAACAAAAAAUGUUUUAUUAGUGACACAAAAUUACAACUAACUAUGCUUGCUUCAUUGAUUUGUCAAAUCAAUAUUAUUCACAAGAGAUUACGAAAACAAGCAUUACUAAUGUGGGAUGAUUGGCACGAUAACUCUCAUUAAUGACAAAUCAUUUUGUAUAUAAAAUUAGGUCUGUAUAAUCAAUGUAAUUAUGCAACACAAGAUUU